AUGGCAAACCUGACCGGCAGCAUCAACCUCGUCUCCUCAGCCAUUCAGUAUGCGCUCUUCAUUGUUUUCACGACCAUCAUGUUCUUCUUCAUUGAUGAGAAUGUUCACCGCGGCAUCCUCUCGUCCGGCGAAUAUGUCCCCGGAGGCGUGGGCGGAAACCCCAACGUGUUGAUUCGAGUUACUGGAUCCCCCUCACACGCCGCCAUCGCCUUUUUGUAUCUGUUGAUUAUCAUUUAUGCUCUCCCUCUGGUGCCCGUCUGCUGGGUCUACGCAGCUGAGGUCUGGUUGCUCGAGACUCGUGCCACCGGCAUGGGUCUUGCGGCCGUUGGCAACUGGCUCUUCAACUUCGCACUGGGUCUCUACGUCCCUCAUGGAUUCCAGUAUAUCACCUGGAAGAUGCUCAUUGUCUUCAGAGUCAUGUGUAUCCUAACGGUGAUUCAGCUUUAUUUCACAUACCCUGAAACAUGUGGGAAGACGCUCGAGGAAGUCGGAGGGGUGCUCUUCCCAGAUGGCCCCAAGCCCCGGCAGACCAAGCCCGGUAAUUCUAAGCUGGAUGCACUCGUGGACGAUGUUCGUGUCAACCACAAGCAUAUUAAUCUGGGAAUUACGGAGAGCAAGCCCGGUCUAGGGAAUAUUGUGCAGGCCGCUUAA